AUAUUAAUGAAAAUGUUAAGAAUGCACAAAGCAAAUAAUUUACAAUUACAAUCAAAAAUGAAAUCAAACAGUGUCAAAAGCAACAGAUAUAUUAAACAAGUAUUUCAACUGCCGCAAAAUAUGUAAGCUUUUUUAAUUGAGAGUUUUCAUGUGCCUUUUUUGGCUGUCACCACCGUACUACGCUUUAUUAACAUCUGGAUAAACUGCAUCCAAUUGUGUUUCUUGAUACCCAUAAACAAUGGACGCUCUUAAGGAAGCGUCCCUGGACAAUGAGGAAGUGCGAGAGAUCUUAAAGAACACUACAGAUUUACGUCAAUAUUCGAGGCAAAUCGAGAAAGAGUUCAAGGAUGUGGAGAACAAGUCGAUUGAGGAUUAUAUUGCCGAAUCUCAAAACAUUGCCAAUCUGCACAAUCAGAUUAACGACUGUGACGAUGUCCUCGAACGCAUGGAGAACAUGCUUAUGAGCUUUCAGAGUGUGCUCAACAACAUUAGCACCGAAAUAACGCAACUGCAACGUAAAUCCGUAUCCAUGUCACUGCAACUUACUAAUCGACAGUCGGUCAAAGCACAGCUGUCUCAAUUUAUAGAGGACAUGGCUGUAUCCGAAGAGAUGAUAAACAUUAUUAUGGAUACGCCAGUAACAGAGCGUGAUUUCAGCACCCAGCUGAAUGUGUUGAAUCACAAGUUAUCGCUGGUCAAGGAACUGAGUUUCAAGGAAUCCAAAUCGACGAGCGAUGUGAGCGAUGUACUGCAUAAGUUGCGCCUCAAAGCUAUGUCCAAGAUACGCAGCUAUCUGCUGGAGCAGAUCUACAAGUUUCGCAAACCGAUGACCAACUAUCAGAUACCACAGAAUGCCAUGUUGAAGCACAAGUUUUUCUUUGAGUUCAUAUUGUCCAAUGAGCGACAUGUAGCGCAGGAGAUCUGCAGCGAAUACAUCGAUACCAUGGGCAAAAUCUACUACAGUUACUUUAAAAGCUACUCCACAAGGCUGACCACUCUCAAGUUUGAGGAAUCCUGCACGAAGGAUGAUCUAAUGGGCAUAGAGGACAAUGCAUCCAAGGGUCUGUUUGCCAAAACGACGAGCCUGAAACAUAAGAGCACAAUCUUCACCAUUGGCAAACGGGGCGACAUACUCAAUCAGCAGCUGGAGGCACCCAUCAUUGUGCCCCAUGCGCAGAUGAAGAAUCGCAACACAGUCGAGGCUCUGUUUCGCUCGGAGCAAUAUGCGCUGGUUGACAAUGCUUGUCGGGAGUAUUUGUUUGUUACUGAAUUCUUUAUGGUGCGCAGUGCACAGGCACAGGAUUUGUUUAAUCAGAUAAUGGGCAAAACAUUAACAUUGAUGAUUAAAAAUCUGGAAACAUCUAUACAUGAUUGUUUCGAUACCAUCGCAAUGUUCCUUUGCAUACACUUAAUCUUUCGCUAUCAGCUCAUGUGCCACAAGCGCUGUGUGCCUGCGCUGGAUAAAUACUGGGACUCGCUGCAGUCGGUCAUUUGGCCGCGACUCGAGCAUGUAUUUCGCCUAAACAUUCAAAGCAUACACGACUGCGAUCCGUCCAAGUUCAACAAGGAAAUGGGUCCACAUUAUAUAACGCGUCGUUAUGCUGAGUUUAGUGCUGCCAUUGUGGGCAUCUCGGAGCAUUUUCCAAAUGAACUCGUUAGUCGACUGUUGCUGGAGCUGCAAAAUGAGGUGGAGUGCUUCAUCUUACGCAUGGCAGCCAAUUUUCCCACACGUAAGGAUCAGCUCAUCUAUCUGAUCAAUAACUAUGAUCUCGUGCUGGGCGUGCUCAUGGAGCACACGCGUGACAACUCCAAAGAGGCCGAGGCAUUCCGUGAACAGUUGAAUGCGAGGAGCGCCGAAUAUGUCGAGGAGAUUCUGGCGCCGCAUUUUGGAGGCAUUAUACAGUUUGUCAAAGAGUGCGAGCAAUACUUUGACAAGGAUCAGCCGGAUGAGUUGAGGAAGCAGGAGCGACGCAGUCUCGGCCUAGUUGCCAGCUUCUCGGCGAAUUGGAAGAAAUCGCUGGAGGAAUUGAAUCGUGAAGUGCUGCUCUCGUUCCCAUCGCUGUUGACGGGCUCCCAGCUACUGCAGUUGGCAUUGGGCAGUCUAGUGCAAUACUAUCAUCGUUUCCACAAGCUGCUGACACCCAAUGCGCGUGCCCAACUCACCAACAUCCAUGUGGUCAUGGUCGAAAUCAAAAAGUACAAGAGCAACUACUGAGGGACAAUUUAAAACUGCUCGCUUUUUAAUAUGUUAAACCAACACAUUCCAAAAUAAAAUGUAAACUAUGUUA